AUGCCCAGUUGUGGGAGGGACUUCCUCUCCGGGCCCAGGGCUGCUUCCGCUCGGCCGGGACGUGGCCGCCGGCGGGGCGGGGCCGCGGCCUCCCUCGCAGCGCUCUGUGCUCGCCGGGAGGCUGCCGGGGCCGGCGGCUGCCUGGGCGCUGAGCUCUUCCUCGGCCUCCUGCUCUGCGUCGCCUCUGUGCCGGCUGCAGGGGCUGUGUCCUCUCUCCAUCAGCCCUGCCCCUUUGGCCUGGGCAAGAGCAGAGUUUGCAGAUCUGCCCCUUGGAACAGCUCAGCAGGCACAGAGGUGAGCCCUUGCCCCACCAGCAUGGCCUCAGAGGAGGACCUGGACAAAAACUGUGAGGAAAAGAAGCACCCAGAGAACAAUUUGGAGCAACCAAUGUGCAGCCCCAAGGAAGAGGAGGAUGACGAUGACAAGAUAGGUGACAAUGUUGAGUGUGAGGAGGAGGAGAACAAUGAGGAUGAAGAUGACCAGGAUAAGGAAGAAGAGGAGGAGUAUGAUCAAGAGGAUGAAGCCAUGGCACCCCUCUCUGUGCCUCCCAAGCAACUGAAUCAGUGCCCUGAGUGUGGGCAGAGCUUUUCCCCUGGCUCAGAGCUGGUGGAGCACCACUGCCCCCAGCCUGGCAUCAGGCCCUGUGUCUGUGGUGACUGUGGCAAGAAGUCCACUCAGAGCUCCACCCCAACACAGCACUGCCGCACCCACACCAGUGAAAAAUUUGUCACCUGUGCUGCCUGCAGCCAGAGCUUCGGCUGCAGCUCCAACCCCACCCUUCAUUGCCUCACCCACACUGGAGAGAAGCCCUAUGUGUGUGGGCACUGUGAUAAGAGAUUCACUGAUAAAUCCUCCCUGAUGAAACAUUGCCGUGUCCACACUGGUGAGAAACCUUUCACUUGUGAUGCCUGCGGCAAGCGCUUCAGCCAGCGCUCCAACCUCGUCCAGCACCGUCGCAUCCACACCAAUGAGAGGCCCUACAGUUGCACUACCUGCGGCAAGCGUUUCAACAGCAGUUCAAGCCUCACCAAGCACGGCCGCAUGCACUCUGGUGAGAAGCCCUUCACCUGUUCUGACUGUGGUCAGCACUUCAGCCAGCGCUCCAACCUCACCCAGCAUCGCCGCAUCCACACCAACGAGCAGCCCUACAGUUGCGCCGCCUGUGGCAAGAGCUUCAACAGCCCUUCAAGCCUCACCAUCCACCGCCGCAUGCACUCCGGUGAGAAACCCUUCACCUGCUCUGACUGUGGCCAGAGCUUCAGCCAGUGCUCUAACCUCGCUCAGCACCGCCGCGUCCACACUGGUGAGAAGCCCUACGCAUGUGAGGACUGUGAUAAGAGAUUCACUUACAAGCCUUCUCUCACAAACCAUCGUCGUGUCCACACCGGGGAAGAGGCCUUCAUUUGUGGUGACUGUGGCAAGAGCUUCAGCCGCAGCUCCACCCUCUCCAUCCACCGCCGGAUCCACACUGGAGAGCAUCUGUUCCCCUGCGCUGACUGUGGCAAGAGCUUCACCCUGAGCUCCACUCUCCUCCAGCACCGCCUCAUCCACAGCGGUGAAAAACCCUACAGCUGCUCCACCUGUGGCAAGAGCUUCAACAGUAGAUCAACCCUGGCCCAGCACCGCCGCACCCACACUGGUGAGAAGCCCUUCACCUGCAGUGACUGUGGCAAGAGCUUCAGCCAGCGCUCUAAUCUCUCCCAGCAUCGCCGUAUCCAUGCCUGUGACCAGCCCACACUGGGCAGCAGGCACAAAUAGACUCAUCCUGGGUCUGUUGGGAUAAUUGUGAGCCUCUCGAAACGGCCUUUCCAGGAGAUGGAACCAGGAUCACCUCUUUUCCACCUGCAUUUCUCAAAGG